GCCUACGUAGCCGAACUCCGGGAGAUGUCAGGUGGGUACCGCACUAGUCCAGCACUAUGAGUGGGCGCCCUGACUUCUCUUGAGUCUGGGUGUAACUCGAGUUCAAGCUUAUUAGUAAGGCUCUGCAAGUCGGAACUAUGGCAUCAGACGGCAGCCAAUGUGGGUCUUGGAUAGCGACGCAGGCACAGCCCCGGGAUUCGGGGCGAGCGCGCCCGUGCUGAGCGGAUUCGGCGAAUGCACCUCACCAGACUCCGGGCUCGCAAGCUCCAAGCCUGUCGUUUUCUCCGCCUGUUCCCAGAGAAGAGCAUCUGCAGCUUUUCGCCCAGCACAACCUUCCUAUUCUUUUCUUUUCGCUCCUCUCUCUCCCAAUCAACAAGACAGCCCCGAUCUAAAUUCGCAUUUAGAUCCUAGAAUGGAUCAACACGAAGAAUCACCCGCCGCAGGCGCACCACCGACACCGCCACCGCCCACCACAGACCCAGAAAAAUGCCGGAAAUUAUCUCCGUGGGUCCCAAUGGUAUCCAUGGCUUGGGUCUGUUUCUUUGGCGUCUUCGUCCAGGCGCCGUUUGUGCGCAUCUACGGCAGCGUCCUCUGCUGCGAGCACGUCCGCGGCCGCGACUGUCUCUUCGGCAGCCUCGAGGACGAGAGCAGGUGCAGACACGUCCCGGCCGUGCAGGCCCGGCUGGUGGAGAUCAGCGCCGGGCUGGUGUUCUGGGGGGGUUUCGGUCUCAUCAGCGCCCUCUUCUGGGUUCCCGUGUGGAAAAGGUAUCGUAAUUACCUACCAGCCAUCCUCCCAUAAAACCCCACAGGCUCGGCCCCGGUGCGAACGGUGCUUAGGAUGUGCAGUUUUGACUCUCGGCGUCUCUAAACUAGGGUGGGCGUGCAAAAGGGUCUCUUCUGGGCUCGCUUCUCGUCCGUUCUUGGGGAAGUCGUGCAGGCCGCGAUUGCCUUCACCAAC